GUAUUCGAGAAUCGGAUGUAUCCAUUUUGAGUUUGGAUAGUAAUUUACUUAGCCCCACCAUAUGAUAUAACCCCCCCUCUCAAAACUUUCCUCCCAGGAACCUCGGCUUUCUCUCCCCCAAAUAAUAAUAAUAUAAAAUAAAAUCAAAGCUAUAGCUAAUACUGUGGUAAUUUGGUCGCCUUCAAAAAAACCCCUCUUUUCUUGCAACAGUUUUUCUGGGUCCGUUUAAUUUUCGCAGAAUUUUUCUGGGUUGGUUCAAUUUUUGCAGAAUUAUUCUGGGUUUUUGAAAUUUCAGAACAAUUCUUGGUGGUUUAGGCUAUGAUGGAUAAUAGUAAUUAUAAUAAUAGUAAUAAUAAUCGUGUUUACUGGAAGAAGAAACCAAAGGAGGAGAAUUUCAAUGGUGGUUCAAGGUCGAGAUCACAGAACAAUAACAAGAGGUCUUCUUUUGGCAACGGUUGGGAGCAGCAAUCUGUUCUUUCACUGGAGAAGAAAUUCUGUGCAACUGUUGGUGGAGUUUCAUGGAAAAAGGUAUUAGAUACACAAAAAUACAUGUUCCAGGAUGAAAAGGUGAUAAAUUGGAAAGACUCUGCAGUGGAGGAGGCUUUUUGGAAUGCCAAGAAGCGGUUUUGGGCAGAUAUUCUCGGCCAUCCUUGUGACAUUGAACUUCCGGAUCCUGACAUCUUCAUCCACGAGAUUGACUGGGAUACCAAUGUUGACUCUGAGCUCAUGUUGGACUUGGAAAAGAGAGAUUCAGAUAACUUUUGUGAGUCAGAUCACAAGUACAGUGGUGUAGUUGUUGGGAUUCCUGUGGUUCCUGAGCAAUAUGUAUUAGCAUCCAUGGGAUGGGGGGAUGUUGAAGAAAAGGAUCCACAGUCGAACAAUCCUGACAGUUUGAAUAAUGCAGAGAAAGGUUGCUCGAAUAAUGGCUGGGAAGAUGAUCAUCACCAUCGGGGUGACAAUAAUAAUGCAGAGAAAGGUUGCUCGAACAUUGGUUGGGAGCAUGAUUAUUAUGAUUAUCGGGGUGACAAUAAUAAUGCAGAGAAAGGUUACUCGAAUAAUGGCUGGGAGGAUGGUUUUGUUUAUGUUACUAACAAUAUGGUUAACCACGAAGAAAAUAAUUAUUAUGGUGGAUCAACAUGGAAUGGCUACAAUAACAAGUCGGACCAUGGAGGUUGGAAUUCAUCCAAGUUGAACAUCUCCCAAUUCAACCAUGGUAAUGACAGGUCAUUCACUGGUGGUUAUGGAAGCAACAGGAGAGGCAAUUUUUCUAAUUUCAACCGUCCUGUGGUAAAGUGGAAACCCGUUUCAAGGCAAUGGUAGAUUAUCAGGACUCUGAACAAUUUUUGCAGCGCGCUGUUGAAAGAACAUUAGCUGGUGGUAUUUUGUUAAUACAUAAUAAUCAAAAUUCUUUUGUUAAUCUAGAACCAUAAUGGCGUACGUAGAUGGAGAUGAUGGUACUAAUUACAGUACAUAAACUAUUUUGUAAUAAUACAAGGUUCUUUAGUAGCUUGAUGGUAACCAACUAGGUGAACGACCUUCACCUGCUGUGUUUUAUGUGUGUAACACAACGAUAUAUCAUAUAUGGAUGAUCUUGGGGUGUAA